AUGUUAGUUAAUAGUAGAGGUGAAAUUAAACUUUGCGAUUUUGGUGUUUCUUGCAUGCUUAUCGAUAGUAUGGCUAAUUCUUUUGUUGGCACACGUUCAUAUAUGGCGCCAGAACGUUUAACCGGCGCUCGUUAUAGUAUCCACUCAGAUGUUUGGAGCUUUGGAUUAUCUUUAGUUGAACUAGUUAUUGGACGUUACCCUAUCCCUUCUCCAAGUAGACGUGAAUAUGCAAAAAUAUUUGGUAUUAGAGUUGAAGAAGUUGUGUUAGAUUUACAACAAAAUGGACAAGAAGAAACUUCAUCGAGUAUAGAUGACACUUCGCCUAAAACAAUGGCUAUUUUUGAAUUGCUUGAUUAUAUAGUAAAUCGACCUCCCCCAGUUCUCCCUCGUCGUAUUUUCUCUGAUCACUUUGUUGAUUUUGUUAAUAAAUGUUUAAAGAAAAAAGUUACAGAACGUCCAAAUCUUGCUGGUUUAGCUGAAGAACCUUUUUACAAAGAACAUUCUGCAAUGGAUGAUAGUGCUGAAUUUGCGAAAUGGGUACAAUCUGUUAUUGAUUUAAGGAAUAGAAACUUCCCUACUGGUUAA